AUGCCGAAAAGCAAAAGUCCUCUCGAUAAGGACGAAUCUGGAGAGUCUAACGAGAGUAUCAGCAGGUUGGAGAUCGUUAAAAAGAUGCGAAGGGACACAAGUCCUUCAAGCAACGAAAUGCGAAAGCUCCAUCUCACACUAUGGUUUCAUCUGUUUGCAUGGUUUCCAGUCUGCGCGGCGAAGGCUUCUCUUAUGUCACCUAUCACUGCCGAACGUCUGUUCACGGAGACGGACUCAUUGUCCCCGCGGACGCCCUGGCACCUUCUCGGAUGUUACUAUUCGUCCUGCCCACAAAGAAUGACUUUCUCAUUACUUUCCUCGUCGCGAAUUUACGCCCAACAACGAUGUUACCUGUUCAGCCAGGAGGUCAAAGUCACUGGCGCCGGUGGAGACUUGGAAUCUUCAGAGGAAGAGCAGGCUGAUUGUCAGGUGGCCAAGUCGAGUUGGGAUAUCAUGCACCAGAGUCAUCCGCCAAUUCUGGGCAUGUUUUCGAACGUUUUCGAGCUGCUGUGGACCUUGUGGCAGCGUCGGCAACCCCCUUGA